AUGGAGCUCUCUGUUCCACUUUCAACGAAAUUAUUGUUGAUAUUUUCGUUGUUAAGUGUCUUCUUGGAGAUUUCUACAGCCGUAGAUUGUAAAUACGGAGAUUCUCAAUCAGUUGUAUACACAAUAGUUGUCGAUCAGCGAGGUGGAGAAAAAAUAUUUACUAGAGUUCAAGAAGCAAUCGAUUCUAUUCCUUCGCCAAAUAAUGCAUGGAUUAAGAUUCAGAUAAACCCGGGUGUUUAUACAGAAAAGGUGACAAUUCCACAAGAAAAACCAUGCAUAGUUUUAGAAGGAAGGAGUCCAAGGAUCACAGUGAUCACAUACGACGAUCACGAGGCCACAGAUACAAGUUCGACUUUCACCUCAUUCCCAGAUAAUAUCGUCGUACAAGGUAUCACCUUCAAGAACUCGUUCAACCGUAAAGCAUUAAUGGCUGCACAAGCCCUCCGAGAGAAGAAGGAGAUUGAUGAUUACAGAGACGAAAUGAUUAUAAAACAAGCGGUGGCGGCGAGAGUGUUUGGUGACAAAGUAGCCUUCUUCGAAAGCGGGUUCAUAGGAUUGCAAGACACGCUGUGGGAUGUUCAAGGUCGCCAUUACUUCCAUAAUUGUUACAUUGAAGGGGCUAUCGACUUUAUUUUUGGAUCCGGUCAAUCCAUAUACGACGUGAGGUACAAUAUUAUGUUCGCGGAGAUUAAUUGCAGCGGACCGGGAGCCGACGGUGAUGGACGCGUUGGGUGGCGGAAGGACGUGAAUGGGGAUGAUCUAAGGCGAUAUUUUUCAAUACCAUCUUUCAUCGACCAAGACGGAUGGAUUGCCAGACUACCAUGCUGGGAUUAA